CAGAUGAGACAUUUAGCCACGCCCCCAUGAGGAGCUUCCGCAUUGUCGUCCUCAGCGACUGGACAAACUACUACAACCACACGUUGAAAACAACACAAACAAUCAUCAGCACCCCUUGUCUCACAACUGUAAAGAUAUUUUCAGCACAAUGAAUGUGAGAAAGGUGGAAAAAGCUGUUCUGAGUGUGGAGCAGUCUGAGGGUGUUGGUGCUCGCGUCCGCAGAAGCAUUGGUAGAAAGGAGCUGCAGACCCUGGAUCCAUUUCUGAUGUUGGAUGAGUUUCGAGUGAGCAAGCCAGCAGGGUUUCCAGACCACCCUCACAGAGGAUUUGAAACGGUAACAUACGUGUUGGAAGGCGUCAUAGGUCAUGAAGACUUCUGUGGAAAUUCAGGGAGACUCCAACCCGGGGAUCUGCAAUGGAUGACUGCAGGACGGGGUGUGGUUCAUGCAGAGAUGCCCAUGUCUGAGGGUCCCUUGGUGGGUUUGCAGCUAUGGGUGAACCUAUCCAGGCGGGACAAGAUGGUAGAACCAGCCUACCAAGAGCUUCGGAGCUCUGAAAUCCCCAAACCAUCCCUGGGAGGCGUCACUGUGGCAGUGAUAUCUGGAGAAGCCCUAGGAGCAAAUUCUAAGAUCUUCACAAGAACACCAACGAUGUACCUGCACUUUGUGCUGCAGACAGGAGCUCAGCAUGUGCAGCCAGUCCCUUUAGGAUGGACUGCUUUCAUUUACACUCUAUCAGGAUCCAUUCAUGUUGGCUCUGUUGAGGAGCAGCAGAAGUUUGAGCCUCAUCACACCGUGGUGUUUGGAGAUGGAGAUUGUGUCAGAUUUGAAAACAAGGGACCUGAAGUUUGCAGUUUUGUGCUGAUAGCUGGAGAACCCAUCAAAGAGCCUGUGGUUAAACAUGGGAUCACCACAUACUGCUAAAGAUCAUCUUCCUUCGGGAUUCCUAAUGAAUUGUCCAAGUCAAGAGCAGAGCUGAGGGAUGCUGAUGAAGAUCAAACAGACUCUUUGUAGAACCUCCUGCUUGGUGACUCUGCUGGUGGAGCUCAGCUGGAUCAAUGGGAGCCUCGGCCUGCACAGAGAGGGAGGAAGUAGAGUAAGUGACGUACGUCUGUGGUUUUAGCAAGCUUGUGAACAAUUCUGAAUUGAAUUGAGAAUGUUGUCCAAAUUCAACUCCCAUGAAUCUGAAAUGAAAUUGAAUUGUUGUGAACAGACAUUAGCAUUGAAAUUCAGAUUUGAUUUGAAGGAAUUAAAUUUUGGUUUAAUCAAGUUUUACAGUAAAAAUCCAUACGUGACUGUUUUACUAUACAUAUUUCAUUGAAAGAUAUUAGUGUGAACCUCAUGUACACGCUACAUUUUCAAUAUAACUUUGAAAUUAGGGAAAAUAAUGGAAAAAUACUUUAUUUCCCAGAAUGUUUAUCCAAAUAUUAAAACUGGGGAGAAUUUUGUGUUUCAUUUUAGUGUUUGUAAGAAAUAUGUAAUAUUUAAGCUAAAACCUUUGUUGAAUGUGACAAAUACUCCCUGUAACUUCUUACUUGGUUACUUGGUUCAUUUAAUUUAAGGAAUUGCAAUGAAUUCAGUUGCACUUCCAGUAAUUCCAAUUCAACAUUCCGUGGGAUUGAGGCAAUUCAAUUGAAAUUCCAAAUUUUGUACAAGCCUCAUCCACUUUUUUCAUAGAUCUGCACUUGUCCAAUGUAAUAUAGGACACACAUAUAUAUAUAUAUAUACACACAACAGCAUAACAUUAAGGAGUGCGGGAGGAUACAAAGUGUUAGCGAUACUAGCUUAGCUAUGCAAGCCCUUACCGUCAUUUUAGCCGGUUAUUAUACUUGUCUAUUUGCUGAAAAAAAACAAAAUGAUCAAACUUUACAGCUCCUGUCUGGAGUGGAUUGAAAGUUAGCAGAACUCCAGGCUUUAUUUUACAAUGAGUUGCAAAGCUUAAUUUUUUUUCCUCAAAAAUGUCCUCUGUGAACGGUGAGUGUGUACACGGGUUAUUGUUCGGGUCAGAUAGUAUCAUAUUCAUGAGGAAGGAAGUUUGUCCUUAAAUAAAUAAAAACCCCAAAACUGCAAAUGUGACUGUUUAAGGGCAUGGCAAGGUCUCACUCCGAUCAUGCCGUUGUUCUAUGGAACAAACAGAGCUAGGUACUGCAACCAAUUCACAGAGUGAAUCCUUUUCCUGCUUGUCUGGAGGAGAAAGAUGAGAAAAACAUACAUGCAUGCAAAAUUGUCAAAUACAUUUAUUUAUUCAUUAAUUUACUUAUCAUCCCUGGUGAGAAAUAAAAAUCUGAAACUUCAAAAAUGACCAUUUAAACCUCUUUGGUAAAGAGUGGAGUAAAUAAUAGGUCAUGAUAAUAGACAAGAGCUCACGCUUACAGGUCUUAAAUAGGCUGUAGGAACUAGGGAUUCCAUCCAUGUUGUUUUCCUUGAUCUCAUUAUUUGAGUCUCCCAGGCACAUGCUGUUUUACUUCCCCCUUUCAUAGCUCCCCUUCAAAUAUCGUCAUCACAAUCUCUGGAGCUGUUUCUCAUUAGCUGGUGGAAGCGGCAAAGUGUAACCCCCUAAUUGUUUCUCCUGUAAGUGGCUAAAUCCACCAGCACAAACAAUGUUUUUUUAUUUAUGUUAUUGUACCUUCACCUUGGCGUUAUACUGUCAGCACUAUUUUUGAGUUAA